AUGAAGAAAGGGCGAGGGCGUCCGAAAACCACGGUGCUCCCCUCGAAGGCGCCUGAGUCUGGACCAAAAGUUGAGAAAGAGACGACAACCACAGCUGAGAAAGAAACGACAACCACAAUCGAAGAUGCAACUAGAGAACCCCGAAUAGAAACGACACAAGCUCAACCGGAGGAUCGAAAACUAUGGGUGGACAUUAUUAAUGACAAUCGGAAUCCUUCCAAGGGAUUGACAAUGGAAUACGUCGCACCAAAAGUAGUCAACGGAAUGAUUGAGAUUGAUAUUGAACAAGAAGAUAUCGAAACAGAAAUACACUUCUGGGAUAAUGCCCUAAUUCUCUAUGUCGUAGGAGGUGAUUUGAGUAUGAACAUGGUGAAGAAUUUCAUGCAGAGAAUGUGGAAUUUUGUGAGAAUACCAGAUCUGUAUUAUCACGACGACGGGUAUUUUCUGCUCAGAUUCAAUUCCCAAAAAGACAAGGAAACCGUGAUGAUGAAAGGUCCGUACACGAUUCAAAAUAUGCCCAUGAUACUGGAGGAAUGGAAAACAUGGUUCAACCUAAAGAGAGACCUGCUAAGAACGCUACCAAUUUGGGUAAAACUCCCCCAACUUCCCUUGCAACUAUGGGGAGCAAAAAGUCUGAGCAAGAUUGGUAGUGCCAUAGGUAAACCCUUGGUGACUGAUGAAUGCACGGCGAACAGGCUCCGUGUAUCUUAUGCAAGGCUACUGAUUGAAGUGGACAUUACACAACAAUUGAGUGACGAAAUAGCCAUAAGAAAUGUUGAGGGAGAUGUGAUAACGCAGCCUGUGAAAUAA